UUUUAAGUUAAAAAUUAAAUCAAUGAGGGCAUAGUCUAUAACAUCAAUAUCAAGAUGACCGACGAAAGAAAUUUCCGUUCGGCCUACUACGAAAAAGUUGGUUGUCGUGGUGUCGAAGAAAAGAAAUCAUUAGAAAUCCUAAUGAAGGAGAAACCAUGGGAUAGAGUCAAGUUGAAGCAGUUCUGCUUACGGUUCACCGUGCCUGGUGCAUACAGAAACUUGGUUUGGAAAGUUCUACUGGACAUUCUCCCAGUAUACCCAGACUCGCACAAGUUUGUGAUGGAGCAGCGGACGGAGCAAUACAACGACUUACUCUAUGCCGUGGAGAUGCUGGAGUUUGUUGACAUGAAGGCGCCUCGGAGCCAGAUCCUGCUGGCUAUGUGGCUGUUGGAGACAGAGGAGAUCACCCCACCAUUGUUCCCUGAGACCAAUUAUUGUUCAUCGGACACAUUCAUACCCAUUGCCAACACGCUGCUUGAGCUGGUGGACAGCGAGGUUGACGUGUACUGGCUGAGCAAGAGCCUCACAGACGUGGUGGGGAACAUGCAGCGGGAGCUCGGCAAGCUGCGGGACGCUUUCCACACCAUGCUGGAGAAUGAGGAUGGAGAGUUGUACAAUCACCUGAACGAAAUACAGGCAUUGGAAGCUCUUCCUCUUACAAAAUGGUUCAACUGUUGCUUUGCUGGAGUCUUAGAUGACACUUCUCUCACCAAAAUAUGGGACAAGGUGUGUGCAGGCGCACCGAAGAUCCUGUCAUUUGUGGCCGUUAUGCUGGUCAUUACUUUACGGAGGAAUAUCCUCAAAGCCAAGACCAAGGAAGAGGUGUUGAAGUGUGUCUCAGAGUCAGCAGAACAAUGGGAGGAGGUAGUGGCAAACAAGGCUAUCGAACUGUGGCAAUUCUACGCCCAGCCACAGAAUGACCAGCUGGCCAAGAAAUGAUGUAUGACCUUCUAAUGAGAAGGACCUUCUCAUUAGAAGAAACCGG